ACACUUCCCAGCAGGCCGCAGGAGACUCUUACUAGGAACGGAGACCAUCUGUCACUAAGCUUACACCCGAUUGGCUAGUCUUGGAGCGUCACUGCCGGCCGGGGGCGGAGCUCCGUCGCGUAGCUCUCCGCAGAGAUGGCAGCGGUCUCAGUGCCCGGCGUUUGGAGAAAAGGCCUCACGUGGAUCAUCGCAGGCGUCCCACGUCGAGAAUUUUGGUCUCGAUUCAGAGAACAGAAAAAGCCAGUGGUGGCUGAGGCGGUAGAGGAGGUGAAGACAGAACCCGUCCUGGCGUGCCCGCCCUUACGCAGCCGAACGUACGUACCUCCUGAAGAUCUCCAGAGCCGUUUGCAAUCGAGCGUCCAAGACAUUUUUGGCUCAUCUGCUCCUAGCAAUUGGCAGGACAUCUCCCUGGAAGACGGGCGCCUGAAGUUCAGUUUCUUGGCACGUUUAGCUGAUGACUUGGGCCACGCAGUGCCUAACUCCAGGCUCCAUGAGAUGUGCAGGGUCAGGGAUGUCCUCGAGUUCUAUAAGGUGCCUGUUCAGGAUGGAUCUAAAUUUGAUGACCUUGUGGCCAGCAAUCUGCCUCCCAAUAUAAAAAUCACGUGGGGCUACUGAGCAAUUCAGAAGAGGAACUGAAAUUAUUGUAAUCAUCUCCCCGCCCCCCUCCCCCCAACAAGGAGGCCACCUAUCAGACCUUUUGAUACUUUGAAAUACUAUCAGAACUGUUCUCCAAAACCACUUGUUCUGUGGAAGAACGAUUUUUUUUUUCCUUCUCAUAACAUCAUCAAUUGACAAUUAACAAGAUGUCAAGAUGUUCUUUUUUUUUUUUUUCCACAUUUGCUGAAACUUUAAAAAAUAGAAUCAGGUCAUGAAUAAUUUAUGAAAACUUUCUUCUCCAGACACUAACUUGGGUUUAAAAUAUAAGGCUAUGGCGUGUUCAGAAGUGGCUGUAUUCUUCAUAGGCAAGAAAAUGUUUUCAUAUUGUCACUGCUCUUAAAUCUAGGGUAGUAUUAUAUGCAGUAUAGACGCAGUUGAGGAAAGAGAUUAGACAUGUAUGAUAGAAAUAUAAAAGUCUGUGGAGGAUGUUAUGGAAAGAUGUUUCACUGUUUGGUUUCCUGCACAACUGCAAAUAGUACAGAAUGAUUCUGUUCAUUCUGAAGUAAUCUCUAUUGAAAUUAAAGUAGAUUUCUUGAA